UUGGGACUUACUGAAUCGCUUGCUUCAGAACUUACUUGGAGUAAGUUCCUGGCUGAGAGCCUACUAUGCUUUUCUCCUAGCACCAUUGAAGAAGAAAUCUCCAAAGAAGAUGCAUGAAUUUAAUGCAAAGAACUUUAUGAUGAUUAGUAAAUUCUCAGAAGUAAUAGUGGAAAGCCAAAGACCUGAUGAUGUCACGGUAACUCAUCCAUCCUUCGUGAACAAGGUGGCAAUGGGUAUAUAUAAAAGGGACAACUCCGGUCCUUUACAGCACAGCCCAAAAUCCACAAGUUCCAGAUUGUCACCAAACUUACUGCUUUUCUUUUGGAGUCAUGAAUCCGCUGCAAAACUGGAUGAUGUGCCUCUCAUUUUGGCUGUUCUGUUGUUGCUGCAUGCCUUUUCUCCUCUUUGCAAGUCCUUUGCCCCAGAAGGAAACUGAUGUUCGUACGAAUCACUCUUGCGUACUCAGAACUGUUCUGCCAUCCUACAUCAAGAACUGCACCCUCACCAUAGCUGAACAGGCAAGACUUUCUGAUAAAGAUACGGAUAACAGAUUCAUUGGGCAACAUCUGUAUGCUAACAUCAAGGAGAAGGACCACUGCUACGUAAUGAAGAGAGUAACUGACAUUAUCAUGAAGAAUGUCCUCUCUGAGCUGAAAUCUGCUCCUGGACAGUAUUCCAAUGUCAAAGAAGUAGCAAAUUUCUUAGCUGAACGGAAUGGGGAAUUGCAUGGCUGCAAACCAUCAGGGAAAAAUGAACACAUUGAAAGAAAUCUGAAGCAAAUGAAAGACAAAUUAGACAAGUUGGGAGAGAAUGGAAAGAACAAAGCAGUUGGUGAACUUGAUUUGCUCUUUGAGUACCUGGUGAAAGCAUGCACCAAAGCACCGGCUUCUUAAAGAACUAAACAUUAGUUGACCAUCAAUUAGCUCAUAGAGCUACUUCUAUCCAGAUGGGCCAGCUGUUUCAUUUUAGUUCGUGGAUCAUUUUAAUGGUAAUUUAUUGUAACUUGAUAAUGGUAACUUAUUUAAAAUUAUUUGUAUUUUUAUGUGAGCAAUUUAUUUAUAUGACUUAUUAGUGGCAGACUUUUUAUUCUCUCUGAUGCAAAAUGAAUUUACUUGAAAAUAAAGGCCAAAAAUAAAUGAAGACUAGGGCCUCUUCUACACUGUCAUAUAAAAUCCAGAUUAUCUGCUUUGAAGUGGAUUAUACGGCACUGUAGAUUUAGAUAUACCAGUUCAAAGCAGAUAAUCCACAUUAUCUGCUUUGAUAAUCUAGAUUUUAUGGCAGUGUAGAAAGGGUCUUUGUGUGCACUUGAUGUCUCCAUACAAAUACAUCAGAAUGAAGCACUCUUCUUCAUGCAGCCAUGGGAGUCGUCAUCAUCAUCAUCAUCAUCAUCAUCAUCAUCAUCAUCAUCAUCAUAUAAAUUAGGAUGCUAAUAUAGUAGACUCUUAGACUGGCUCUACACUGCCAUAUCAAAUCCAGAUUAUCUGACAUGAACUGGAUUAUAUGGCAGUGUAGAUCCAGACUUAGUUAACUCAAGCAAAUGGAACUCUCAAGUAAUUGGCAGAACAAACUAAAGAAGUAAUACUUUGAAUAAAAAACUUUUUUAUAAUACAGUAAAACUGUUACAUUACUUGCCAUAAUUUGCUUUUAGUUCCUGAAUUUCAAUAUUAAUAUCACCAAUGCAGAGUUUAUGAGUCUGGUAUUGUAUUAUUUAAGCCUAUUUUUAAAUAGCAACUUUCCGUCAACCAGAAACUACAUUUCUCCAGCAUCUACCAAUUCCACAGGCCCUGGUUCACAUGAAAGUCUACUGUAUGUAGAUGAGGAUGUGAAGCCUGCAUCCCUUGACAUUUUGUUGGACUCCCACCAGACCCACCUAAUGGCUGGAAAUGAUGGGAUCUAUAGUCCAGCAGAAUCUAAAGGGCCCCAGGUUCUUCACCCCUCAUGCAGACCAACCAUAUGAACGCCCUUUCAUUCGGGGACUAGCACUGAGCCUUGGAAGCCUUUUGUCCUUCUGCCAAGGAAUUUGUGGGUGAUGGGGAAGUUUGAUACUAAACUAAAUUUAAAUAGACCUCAUUUCUGCAUUUAGGACAACAAAGCAAAGCAUAAAACCUAUUGCUAAAAGUCAAUUUCUUUUAAAAAGUAGAGCAGUCUUGCCAAGCCUGUAUGGCUAUGGGCUGUAAAACUAUAGCCCCAACCUUCUUGACACCAGACUGGGGAAGGCUGAAAUAGAAAACAUUAUGCCAGACUUAAAGGAGAAUUUUCUCAUAGUUACGCAAUGAUACACAUAAUUAUUAUUUCUAGUUUGUCCGGUAUCUGGGAAAAAAAACUUGACCAAAUCUUAUCGUCGUUAGGGGAAAAAAGUAUGUUAUUUUAUAAAAACCGUUGCAGAUAUUAACUAUUUAAUGAUAAUUUAUAUAAUGUUAUAUUUUCACAUAAUAAUAAUUUAUAUGAACAAAAUAUAUUUAUCGGAUAUGUUUAUGAUAUGUCUAGUUGUUGAUUUCCUGUUGUAAUCAAUAUGAUCUCAGCCUACACAUAUUUUACAAUCUGUUUAUGCUAUGUUGGUUUCACCCAUGUGGGUAUUCAUUGAAUAAUAAUAAAUCCAGUUCAACAAUAGAUUUGUUUAGUUUCUCAGAAUUCAUUGCCAAACAUUUGCCUUUCUGUGUCACAUCUCUACAAUGAGCCUCUUCUUUAUUACUUCUUUCAUUUGAGUAAUAACACUUACAUGAAAAUACAUUUCAGCACACAUUUUAAGUGGUAUGUUUGUGGGGUGUGUGUUUCUAAUUAUGAUCACCGUUGAUGUGAUUAUG